AAACGUUGAAGUUGUCUAGGGCACUAUUAAAUAGAACAUAUUUUUCUGUUUAAAAUAACAAUUUUUAGAUGUAUUUAGGCAGUUGUAUAAUAUUACUAUGUUUAGGGUAUUUUCAUAUUUCUGCAAUGCUGUUGGUUAAUGCAUCUGGCGAAAAUUCACAGGCCAUGGACUCGAGGAUGAGGAAAGAGUUUCAACGAAUUUAUCCUCAAAACGAUGUAGCCGAAAGUAGUAGCAGUGGAAGUAAUAAUCAGCUAGUGAUUGUCGGACCAAGAACACCAGAUGGAGAUCUAUAUUUUAAUCCUGUCGAUCAAUUUUGGCAGUACGAAAAGUGUAGGCAAUUCGAGGGAGUGCAACUCGAGAAUUAUUUUCAAUUUAAUCAAACGGUGAAAAUUCUCAAUUCUCCAUCGCAGUGGGUUCAAAUUACACCAGACAGACACGGUUUUUACAGAGCGCUGUCUCAAUGGAUGUCUGGCACGGACAAACACCAUCAGACCAUUCGACAACGUGUACAAGAUAUAGUAAGGACUGAUCAACGAAUUUUGAAUUUUCUAGGAGAAAUAAAGCAUCGUUCACACUUAUUUUGGAUAUCACAAGACACUUGGGCAACAGAAAUAGAAAUUGUCGCGUCCACUAUUCUCCUAAACACAUCCAUAUAUGUGUAUGAAAACCUUAAACGGGCUUGGGUCUUAUUUGACCAGAACAGAACACACAGAGGCCCACUGAAGAAAACCGAUAAGUUCAUUUAUCUUCAGCAUGUUUCGGAAAUACAUUAUAAUUUAGUGACGGACGUGAAAUCCCACCGAGACCCAGUCGUACAAAACGUCUUGCCAAUAGGAAGAAGUCAACCGGGAGAAAUCAGAUUCUUUUGUCCUGUCGACAAACUUUGGCAAUUCGAUAAGUGUAAUAAAUGGAAAUUGUCACUCGAAAAGCGGUUCGAUUAUAACCGGAUACCAACACUUCUCAAUACACCGAAGAAAUGUGUCGAGAUACAAAAAGACAAGAAUUGUUUCUUCAGAGCGCUUUCCUACUGUGCGACCGGCACAGAAAAACAUCAUCAAAUCAUGCGAAAAUAUGUAGCUGAAGAAAUUCUUUUUAAUCGUGCCAUUCAAAAAUUGUACAAAAGAAAUGAAUUCAUAAGCUUUCAUCCGAUAAGGCUUAAUUGGGCAACUAAAAUAGAAAUAAUUGCUUCGGCUGUGCUCUUGAAUACAUCUAUAUUUGUCUAUUCACCCGAUACAAAAACUUGGGAUGUAUACAACAAGAACAUUAUAGACAAUGUUCCAAUGGAUAUAAUGAAUGAUAAGUGCAUUUACCUAAGGCAAAAGUCUCCAAAUGAAUAUGAUGUAGUUGAAGAAGUACUGGACUUUGUUGAUGCUGCCAAUUAUUAUAACUAGAUGUUGUAAAUGAGAACAUAUUUUGUUGUACGUCAUAUCAUUGUUAAAUAUUGAUAGGUUGAAUGCUACAUUAAAUUUAAUUUAUUCAUAAGAUCUAGAAAAUAAAAUAACAAUAUUUCAAAAUGUAUAUAACUAAAAUCCUGUUUACUGACAAACAAUAAUGUUAAAAAUUGAAAAUUAUAAAUAACAGUUAAUUUAUUCAAAUAUAACUAAUGACCAUUCUCGUGGCUUCAGCUUGAAAAUUAAGUAUUGUUUAAUAUAUGUAAAUAUUUUGAUAUGAGUAUGGCUAUAACCC